GCUAUUUGACGUCUGACAUGUUCUAUAUAGAAGUUGAGUUGGAGAAAGAUGGAAAGGUGAUAGAUGUAAAAUUGGCUUACCCAGGAGAAUCUCCAGUGGUUUGUGAUGAUCUAAUGCAGCUUCUAAGGAUGAAGAAUUAUGAUGCUUUUGGAAAGAUUCUAGAAGGCCUGUUAAAUCUGUAUCAAAUUCCAGGAAAUAGUGACCUGAAAUCUAAGGUAUAUCUUGCCUUGCAAUCUUUGGAAAAAGAUCUCUAUUCAAUGUCCCUUCUGAACAGAACACCAGAUGUAGACAGAGUUACUGAAGUUCUGCAUGGAAAAAUAGGACGCCUUGUGCUAAGAACUGGAGGAACCCCUAUGAACAUUGAAUAUUAUCUGUCUCCCUAUCAAGUUCUGGAAGAAGAGCUGAACCCUGGCUCCCAAGUAUGUGGAACAAAAGUAUAUGUAACUGUUGGAAGUUCAAACACGUCACACAAACUUCCUAUUUCUCCAUUAAUUGUGGAUUCUGAGGCAGGAGAUGGCAACCCUGCUUUUUUAUCACUGACUGAUGAACUCAGCAUGGAUUUGUCAGCUUGCUUUUUCUUGACAUUUCAUCAGCCUUUUCCUAUGUCCUCAUCCAGUAUUCAGGAGAUACAGAAGUUAACAGGAGUUCCAAUGGAGGGACUGAAACUAGCUUCUCUUCAUUCAUUGAUUGUUCAGUUUAUCCUUAAUGAGGAGUACAAGGAAGAUCUGUCCAUGAAUAAUUCUUGUUUCUUUGUGUCUCUUCCAGGUUGCCCGAAGCACUGUUAUUUCAUAAGUAAGGGCACAGAGAAAUCAGAUAUAACAGGAGCCCUCAUCAGUAAAAUUCCAUUUACCCAUCCAAAGUGUGUGCCUCCUAUAAUUGAGAUUCUUCGUCAUCAAGUUGCCUAUAACACUCUUAUUGGCACCUGUGUCUCUAAGAACACUGCAAAUGAAGGUUGUUCAGAACUGCUUUAUUUUGAAGUUACUCCACAGAUGGACACUAGCUUUUGUAUCUCAUUCCAGCAUCCUAUCGGGGAGAGUUUAGCCUGUGUGGUAGCUGAUGUCUUGAGCUCCAGAAAAAUCAAAUGCAGUCUUUAUACAAAUCCUCAAGAUGUACCUCUAAAUUGCAGCAAUGACUUUAUCACAAGAGUCAUGGAGCGCUGUAUGUCUGUCCCCCUCGUCAUGAGAACUAUUUUCAAGAACACUGUUACACUGGAAGCUGAUACUAAGAAACAAAAUAGGAAUGGUUCUCAAUAUCUGCUUUCUCUCAGCUGUAUGUCUGUCCCCCUCGUCAUGAGAACUAUUUUCAAGAACAGUGUUACACUGGAAGCUGAUGCUAAGAAACAAAAUAGGAACAUGAUUCUCCCUACUAGGAGUACUGGCAACACAUUGAUAGAUUGA